AGAUAGAGCGAGAGCGAGAGAUAUGUCUGUGGAUGGUUGGCUUUGAUUCGCUCUCUCUUUCUCUCUCUUGUUCGUUGUUUUGUGGAGAGGAGGAGGGUGCGUUUUUUUUCUUUUUUUCCUCUAUAAUUUCCCCUCUCUUUCUCUCUCAUUAAAAUGACAACGACCCUCUCGUUUAUCUCUCUAAAAACUCUCUUCCUUCUCUCUCGGUUUGGUUUUCGGUUCUGGUUUUGGCGGAGGGGAUUGAUACGGUGACAGAAGUGUGAGGGGGGAGGGAAUGGGGAGAGGUGGAGUGAGAGCUUGGUGAUGGAGCAGGAAUGGAGUUCGACGCCGGAAUUCAUAUGUCCCGUGUUGGUGGUGGUGGAGGAGGAGCUUUCUCUGAGGGAACAUCAGUGCCGUCUUCUUUGAACCAAGAUGCAUUAUGGCAAAUGAGUUUGAGACCAAGUGAAACAAUGGAGUCUGGUCCUUAUCCUGAGCGUCCUGGAGAGCCAGAUUGUUCAUAUUACAUCAGAACAGGCCUUUGUAGGUUUGAGGCAACUUGCCGGUUUAACCAUCCCCCGAACAGGAAGCUGGCUGUUGCUGCUGCAAGGAUGAAGGGGGAGUAUCCAGAACGAAUUGGACAACCUGAAUGCCAGUACUACCUGAAGACAGGAACUUGCAAAUUUGGGGCCACAUGCAAGUUUCAUCAUCCUAGAGAGAAGGCUGGCAUUGCUGGAAGAGUUUCCUUAAACAUUUUGGGCUAUCCACUUCGUCCGAAUGAGAUUGAAUGUGCUUAUUAUUUAAGAACUGGACAAUGCAAGUUUGGGAGUACUUGUAAAUUCCACCAUCCUCAACCGACUAAUAUGGUGGUUCCAUUGCGUGGUUCGGUAUAUCCUACUGUCCAAUCUCCAACAACUCCUGGUCAGCAGUCGUAUCCAGGAGGGAUAACAAAUUGGUCAAGAGCGUCAUUUAUUACUAGUCCACGCUGGCAGAGUCCUUCUAAUUAUACACCUCUAAUUCUUCAGCAGGGAGUUGUAUCUGUUCCAGGAUGGAAUGCAUACAGUGGCCAACUUGGGUCAGUCUCAUCAUCGGAUAGUCAGCAGCAAACAAUGGGAAACAGUCAGAUCUAUGGAACAUCCCGCCAGAGUGAAUCUGGAGUAGGACCUCAAGGCACAUAUUCUCCUCUGCGCUCUGGCUCUGUCUCAAUGGGGUUUUAUGCAUUGCAAAGGGAAAAUGUGUUUCCUGAGAGACCCGGUCAGCCUGAAUGCCAGUUUUACAUGAAAACCGGAGACUGUAAGUUUGGUGCAGUUUGUAGAUUCCAUCAUCCAAGAGAGAGACUUAUUCCUGCUCCAGACUGUGUCUUGAGUCCCAUAGGCCUGCCCUUUCGACCUGGAGAACCUGUGUGCAUGUUCUAUUCUCGUUAUGGUAUAUGCAAGUUUGGUCCUAGUUGCAAGUUUGACCACCCUAUGGGAGUUUUCACAUACAAUCUCUCUACAUCGUCAUCCACUGAUGCCCCUGUUCGACGAUUGUUAGGGUCAUCAUCAGGAUCUUCAGCAUUGAAUUUAUCAUCAGAAGCGCUGGUUGAAGCAGGCCAGACAAAGCCUAGGCGACUUUCACUAUCACUAUCGGAGCCUAGAAAGCUGCCUUCUAAUGAUGAUAAUAUUGACUCCGAGGAAUGAAUGCUGACUCAAUAUAUGGAUCAGCCAUUUCAAUCUCUAGGAGGAAAUACAAGAGUUAUCUGUAAUUCAUUUCCAUUGUGGAAAUGUAUAGUUUAUGGCAAGUUCGUACUGCAAUUGAGUUGACAGAUAACUCCUCUGAAUUUCUUUUUGUGCCUUGUAUAGAAAUCUUCAAAUAUUGUCACAUUUGGUAAAGCCUGAUGUGAACGUAUCAUUUGUCUCAUUCCCAGCUUUCUUGUUUCUUUCGUUUUAUUCAGUAUAUUUAAUGAAUUUCCUUGCAA